GGCAAUCUGACCCAGUGUGGCCGUUCCCUUUUCCUCUUCGACGAGAUGGACGAUCUGCAUCCAGGCUUGAUCGAGGUCAUUGCGCCCUUCCUGGGACCUUCCUGGGUGGUGUUUGGGACCAACUAUCGAAAAGCCAUCUUCGUCUUUAUUAGCAAUACGGGCACGGAGCAGAUUAACCGGAUGGCUUUGGACCUCUGGCGGGACCGCAGAGACCGCGAGGAGAUCAGUCGUCAGGAUCUGGAAGCGUCGAUUUUGGAGGCCAUUUCUAAAGACCCGCAAAACGGAUUCUGGAAAUCCGGGAUCCUUGAGCAAAACUUGAUCGACGUCUUGGUGCCCUUCCUCCCGUUGCGACAGCACCACGUGAAGCAGUGCGUGGUCAACGAGAUGGCCGGCCAGGGUCUCCUCCCUCACCCGGAGGUCGUGGACGGAGUAGCCGGCAGCUUUUCCUAUUUUCCCAACGAGGAAAAAAUCUUUUCCUCCACCGGAUGCAAAACCGUAUCUUCCCGCAUCCCGUUUUUCUUAUGACCUCUUUGGAGACGUUUUCCCGGUCCGGAAUGGAGUUUACGGUUUUCUUCCAAGUCAUGACCAUUUCUGGGUUCUGAAGGACCAAGGACGGGGUCUUUUUAAAGGCAAAGAAUGAUG